CCCCUCUGAGAGCAGGAGGGCGGGAGGUUCCAAGGCUGGACUCUCACUUCAUGCUGCAAAGCUGCAGAAAGACAGAAGCAAGGCGCCUGUUAGAGUGUGGAGCCCGGCUCUAUGUGAGAGAUGAAUGCAUACGGCUCCCCGUACAUGUACAUGGCGGGCCCGGUCUCCCAGCCCCGAGCCCCGCUGCAGAGGACCCCGAAGUGCGCUCGCUGCCGGAACCACGGCGUCCUGUCCUGGCUCAAAGGUCACAAGCGCUACUGCCGCUUCAAGGACUGUACCUGCGAGAAAUGCAUCCUCAUCAUCGAGAGGCAGCGAGUGAUGGCCGCUCAGGUGGCUCUCCGCAGGCAGCAGGCGAACGAGUGUAUCGGCAGCCUCAUCCACGACACUAUCCGCCUGCCAGGGGGCUCUGGGCCGGGAGCGGGUCCCACCGAGAGCCGGCACCAUCACACCAAAGGCGGAGAGACGGCGCUGCGCUGGGAAGCGGACAGCAUCCACCCAACCCCCCCCUUAGAUAUAAGUGAGGAACGUUUAGACAGCCAAGCUGGAGAGGAGACUGUGGAAACCUACAGCGACAAAGAGUCAAGGCAAACAAAUUCUCCAGAUCUGGUCAAAGGCAAGAACAGCUACCCAAGCGAAGGCUCUGACAUGGCAGUAAUUGAUGAAGAGCGAUUUCCAGUUGAGAAGAAUGUCAACAGCUUGGAGACCUUACCAGAAAGCUCCAAAUUUAGUCUGGAGCAAAACCAACUUGUGAUGGAGGGGCUAUCUGGAACUCUGUCAAUUCCUUUCUCUUUAAAAGGUAACAGACCUCCCAUCGAAGUCCUGAAAAAAAUAUUUCCAAAUCACAAAGCAACAGUCCUUGAGCUAAUUUUGAAAGGCUGUGGGGGUGACCUUGUUGGUGCCAUUGAAAUUCUUCUCUCAAGUCGCUCAGCAUUAGCCUCGGAUAGACCAUCAGAAACCCCGGAUGUCCUUUCUGUAUCUUCUAAUGGACAAGCAUUUUUUGAACAUGCUUUUGGUUCCUACCCUGUUGCCUCCUCUAAGUGGUCUGUUGGGUCAGCCUUCAGGGUCCCAGAUUCAUUGAGAUUCUCAAGUGAUCCUGGCAAUGUCAUGUCAAGUCCGCUCACCAUGCCAAUACAACACCCAUUUCCUCAACCUCCUCGUUAUCCACUUGUCCUGAGGAACAGCUUGAGUAGAAACCAGGGAAGUCCAUUUAUAUCAAAUGAUGUUGCUCUGUGGAACACCAUGACACUCCAGCAGCAGUACCAGCUCAGAUCGCAGUAUCUCACCCCUUUUCCAAACACCUCAGCUGGUAUCUUUCGCAGUUCACCAGUCCUUUCCUCUCAUCCUACAAAUGAUCCCAGGCUUUCAAUUGCUGACGAUAGCUGUUCAAUGGUGAACAAACAGCCUAUAUAUACAGAGGAGGACUAUGAUGAAAGAUCUGAUUCUGCAGAUUCUAGAACAUUGAACUCUUCCUCUUAAAUGAUAUGUAGUUGUUACUCACCAAAUAGAAUAUUAAAAGGGAAAUACUUGAAUGUAGUAAUAAGGACUCUGAGUAGAUACAUCAUCCACUACUUACCAUCCCUAACUGGGCAUAGCCAAAGGAUUAUAAUACAUAGUUAUCCAGUUUAUAUUGUCAUGAUUAGAUGUGUUAGUUUAAGAAUAUGUAUAACUGGUAGCUAUACUUUUUAAUGCAUGUAAUAUGCUAUGAUCAUGAUGAGAAGAAACGAGGCACUUGAACAGCUGUCUGUAGCACG